ACUCAAGCGCACUUUUAUUUGUGGCUUGACGUAACGCGUUUUGCGAAAACCUAAAUUUCGCAAACAACGAAUUUCUUGGAACUGUGUGCAUUAACUAUUGACAACAUAUUUUCGGAUUGUUAUGUGUUAUCAAUAGUGACUAAGUGUUAUUAACUUGGAUGCGGUGAAAGUGUUAUAUAUCUGUGAGAAAAAAAACAUUGGAUUUUUUGCUCAUUCUGUAAUCCCACUAUGUUCGUCAGACUGAGAAUGCAAAAGUACUUCAAGAAGAUUUAACAUAACCUAAAAUGGGCAGUGCUAAAGUCUACUCAUCGAAUCCACAGACACCAAUGGCGGAAGACAAGAAGAAAAUAACAAAGAUAUUCAAAGAUAUCAAAGGCUUGUUCAAGAAAGACAAGAAGAAGGAGAAACACGUUGAAACUAGCGAAGAACCAAAGCUCACAGUCAGCGUGCAAGACGUCAUUGAGAAUCUUAGAACACUAUCAGUUAAAACAACUGAAGCUGACAAAGAAAUAAACGAAUUUGUUAAAGUGAUUGUUGAUGAUUCAGACAAGGAUAGCAUAGACGAAUCGGCCCAGUUCACACGUGAAAUCAUUGAUGAUGAGAGAAGAAGUGAGAGAGUAGAUUCGCAAUCUUCAGAAGACAGCGGUUUUGCCGAUGACAAGAGAGACAUUGCAAAUGACUUAAGGGAUUUGAAACUAGACGAUGAUGGGCAGAAGAAGAAGAAGCUACAAACUGUAGUAAUCACGAGGGCGCCUGUCAGGAAUAAGUUGGACUACAGUGCUGUAGCUAGACCGUAUCAUGUAGGCCAGGACGGAUCGUGUCGUCAGAUCCAUCAAGUAAACAAGCAAAUCUUCUCUGGCGGGCAAGUCAUCGAAAACCCGACACCAAUCCGAACCACAGACAAUCUAUCCGAAAUAGAACUAGCAUUGAAACACGUACAAGAGACCACAAAGAUAUCCCAACAUGAAAAUGGCGACGACUGGCUCCUAGAAGCUGUGGACGAGAUCAUCGGUAAGAUUGGACAAGACGAGCCUCAGCUUAACUUAGCUGAAUUCGGUCAAACACAAGACGUAUCAGAUUAUAAUUAUAACGUUAACAUACCAGCAGAACCCACACCUAAUCCCAUCGAAGAAUUCACAAAUAUCAACCAUUUGAACACAGAAAACGACAUCGUUGAUUUCAACAAUUACGACGAUGUUUUGAACACUAUAUCUAAUAACAUGACAUUCAUAUAUCCUACACCGCCGCAUUCUGAAGAAGUGGCGAGUCCUAUGUCUGAUUCACAAGCGUCUAUGUACAGACAAUCAGAUUAUACAUUAUCACCUGAGAGAUCUUCGCCAAUUUACAAUAGCGACAAUGAAGUUUUCCAAGAAAUACCACCAGUUGAAUUUGAUUUCGAGUACCCUGUGUCUGUCUCCGGGAAUGAUGUUGAAAAACCUGAGCUUAAAAGAGAUAGGACUACAUCAACUGGAUCUAUUAAGAAGCACAUGAAACAGUACAAAGAUUUGCAGAAGGAAAUUUCGAAUAACUUCAGUAAAAAGGAAUGUUGUCAAGGAAAUAAGAAAAAUUGCAAACAGAUCUUCCAAGAGUACAUGCAGAAAAUCAAGAAAGAAGAGAGGAUGAGUUUGUGUUAUAAAGUGACUGAAAUGGAGCUGAAAAGUGCUUACGGCGUACUCCAGCACAUCAUUCUCAGCCUGUCCCAGGGUUCAGAGCUGGAGGACCUCCAGCACGCGCUGUUCUGCCUGGUCUGCGAGAAGGUCAUGGCGCAGAAGCCAGCACUCUUCGUCGGGAAUUUUGGUCUGAACUUGCUAAAAGCGGCUGCAAUGCGAUGCAACCGACGGCCUCUAUUCACGAGGUAUCUGGUGCAAUGUGUGCGUACAGCCGUCAAGAACGAACCCAGUCUAUUCGGAGACAAGGACUCUGUCUUCCAUGAGGUGGACGCCCAAGGAGACACCCUGCUCAUAGCGUGCGCCCGAGCGGGUGACUCCCACGCCGACGUACUCUAUGAGUUGACCAGAGACAAAGACCAGCCGCUGUUCCGGCUAGAACACGUCAACGCUGAUGGUCUGUCAGCGUUGCACGUGGCCUGCAGCGAGCACAGCGCAUGCGCGCCGCGCCUGCACACGACUCACGUGCUGCUCGACCACGCCGGCGCUGACAUUUGGAGGGGGAACAUGAAGAGCGGAGACACAGCGCUCCAUCUAGCGGUGAACUCGAAGAGUUGCGACCUGCACCUGGUGAUGCUGCUGUUCAGACACGUCGACCGCAAGGAGUGGAAGAAACUCGCGCAUCUACCUAACAUGUGCUCAAAAACUCCUCUAGAGUACGCCCGUGAAGCGACCCGCUCGCCACUGCGACAGAACCAUCCUUAUGAAGUGUUUGAAUUCCUCAAAAAGUGCCGGAACUAAAUUUCUACACAGGAACAAUUUUAUGGCCACUGUCGAAAUUUCACAAGAAAACUAAACAUUGUUUUGUACUAAUUCACCGUCGGAUCAAUUACAAAUUGACAAGGAUAUCCAGGCAGUCGCUAUGGUCGCUGCUGUUUAAUAAAUUUGACAAGGUGACAUUUCAAAGUGACAUUUGUCAAUUUUGAUCGCCGAGACAGAUAUCCCUCGAGUUAGGUUUCCCUUGCUCUUGGAUACCAAAAAUUUCUGCUAGUCCAUCACAUUGUCUUUCUCAACUUUGACAUUGGCAAAAUCAUCGUUUAGGCAAACGAUGGCGCCAUACAAUUAAAAAGUGAAGCUAUCCUUGUAAUUUUUUUCUGUAAUUAUUUACAUACUUUGUCAGUAAUGUAAUAAGAUUCAUAGUUGUUAUAAGCUAGAUUUUUAUCGAUUCGAUUAAAUUGCGAUUGGAAGAAAAUUUAAACGAACAAGUGGUGACUGCGUGAAUGUUUUAACCGGCUUCAGAAAAGAGCGUAUGCUUCAUCAUGCGUCACACGUGUUUAAAUGUCUGAUACGAAUUGAAAAUAAACUUUUAUAGACCGAAAUUGGUAUUAUUCUUCACAAGACACAAAAUUGAUAUGAAAGAUCUAAAAAAGAUUAUGUAAAAAGCAGUUUUAUAAUAACAGAAUUACUUCAUCACAAAAUUGUGAUAUAUUUUUCUAUAUAAAUACAUUUGUUGUUCUAACUUUAACAUCAUAGUUAUUAGAAUUAAAUAUUUAUAGAAGAUAGAUUUUUUAAUACUAUGUCUAUAUAUUUUACUUUUAUAACGAAAGGUUCUCCUGGUUGUGUUUAAUUUUAAAUUGAGAAAUCUUAAUUUUCUUUUUUGCCUAUAGUGUUUUUCGUAACACUGCCACUUUCGGCCAUGUUGUACAUACAUUUUUUAUAAAAUACUUUUGACAUUGACAUGUAACUUCACGCCUAUUUUUCGCGGGUAUAGGCAUAGACUAACGAAUAUUAUUAAUUUUUUUUUAAUAGACAAAUGAAAAAAAAUCAUUUCCAUUAUAAAAUGUAUAAUAUUUCGAUGAGCUAAAACAUUUUACGAGAUUAAAUACAUGAACAAAUUAUAUCAUACCUUUUUUUAUUAUAGGAUAAGAUAUGAUCUUGUUAAGUUAGACUUUUAACUUCAUUAAUGUUUUAACCAAAUGUAAUAUUCAGAUCUCUUGCUGGCUAAUUUCCGUUUUUUUUUAUAAAGUGUUUUCGAAAAUUUUAGUGUUGGCAAAAGUGUUUUUUUUUAAUAUAAUAAAAUAUUGUAAUCACGAUCUCUUAUGUCAUCAUCAUUUUUGAUCUGAAAUUUUUUAAGUUGUCAUACAAAAAUGAACCCACCCUAAUUUAAAAAGUGAGGUGUAUAAAAACGUUUUAAAGAGAUAUUUUUUUAGUAAAUUUUCUCUUGUUCAAAUUAAUUGUUUACAUUUAUUAACAUAAUUUGGAAAAUUGUUCAAUGGGAAUUUUUUUUUAAUUAUUACAUAGGUACAUUGUCAGAAUACUACAAAAUGUUCAAUUUGUUCAAAAGUAUGUUUCUGAGUUGCAAAAAACCAACAUUAUAAUUCUAAAAUCAUUUUAUGAUAUAUCUCUUUUUUUAUUUGAUACACGCUAGAUUAGAUAUUUUUGACACAUUUAAAAAAUAUGUCCCGGCUAUUCGAUGCUUUCAUAGUAAAAGAUAUUAACGCCUAUUUUCAUUCAAAAUAUUGUAGUGUGGCAGCGGGACAAAACAUAUUUUGACUGAGAUAGGUAGGUUUUAUUUUUUAUGAAUGAGAGCUUUAACAGUUUAGUUUUGUAACCAGUAGUUAAUAAGAUACUAUUAAGAUUUUAUAGUCUCAAACUCGAAAAAAUAUAUUACAUUCUACUGAUUUUUAAAAUGUUUACAAUUGAUUGUGUAAGCGCACAAUUUUAAAUGAUAAAAUUUGAUAGAAUCGCAAUAAUAUAAAAUUAACUGUCGAUGCAAUGUGUCGCGCAACUAGAAAAGGAUGCAGGUAUACAAGACAAUAAGAGAAGUAGUGAGGGCAUUUUUAUUAAAAUAUACUUAUUAUAUACUUUUAGACCAUUUUCGACUAUAUUGAUGUAUUUUAAAGUGGAAUAAAAAUAAUUAUAGUGUUUUGGAGAAUUAAUUAUACCAAUAUCAUCAAGCCAUUUAUAUUCACCAGUGUAAAUAAGUCAAUUUGGAAUUUCAUGUUCACGAUGUUUCGUGAAAUCUGUUUCUGAAUAAAAAUUGUUGUAAAGUUU